AUCUUCCAAGCCUAUGCCUUUUGCUUCGCAAACCAAAACCAAGAGCCUCUGCUCUGUCUCUCCCUCGCUCUCUCGCUUUCUAUCUCUCUGACUCUCUCUCUCUCUCUAUAUCUGUCUAUAUACAUUUCAUUGUCUUCCUUGUCUGAAUCGUUCUCCCAUCUCUUUGUUCACAUGGAACCAACACUGGGAUUACUUGGGGGAGGCGGCGGGUUGUCGGGAAACUCUUCAAAGGAGGACGACUUUGCGGGCAUGUCUAAAGAAGCCGGCUUGGAGUUGGGUCUUGGCCUGAGCCUGGGCGGCGGCGGCGGCGGUUCUGGGAAGGCUAGGGGGUCACCAUGGGGGGAGUAUGGUAGGAUUUUGACAGCCAAAGACUUUCCUAACGGAUUCUCAAGCAGAGCCACUUGUGGUGGCGCUGUUUCUGGAACAAAAAGAGCUGCUGAUUUUGCUUCUCCUCAGGAGGCUGGCUCUGCUACUAAUACUGGUGUUAGCCAGGUUGUGGGAUGGCCACCAAUAAGGGCUUAUAGGAUGCACAGCUUGGUGAGCCAAGCAAAGGUUCCAAAUGUUGAAGAAGAGAAGACCUUUGGUGGAGAUGAAGAAAAAAGCAAGGAUAAUUUUCAGAAGAAAGUAAACCAUGGAAGCAACAAGAAUGAGGUUCAUUGUCAGGAAAUCAAAGGGCAUAUUGGGUUUGUGAAGGUGAACAUGGAUGGAUUGCAAAUUGGAAGAAAGGUGGACUUGAAUGCUCAUGCUUGCUAUGAGACAUUGGCUCAAGCACUAGAGGAGAUGUUCUUUGGACCCACCACAAACAUCAAUUCUAUCUGUGCAGAGAAGGAACAACUAACAAAACCCUCUAAGCUUUUGGAUGGAUCAUCUGAGUUUGUACUCACUUAUGAAGAUAAAGAGGGGGACUGGAUGCUAGUGGGAGAUGUUCCUUGGGGGAUGUUUGUCAGCACUGCAAAGAGACUUCGGAUCAUGAGGACCUCAGAGGCUAAUGGACUGGGUCCACGAUUCCAAGAUAAGAAUGGAACACAGAGAAGCAAACCUAUUUAGAAGCACUGCAACUGCUGUUGAUCUCUGCAUGCAGCAUGAAAAUGAAAAGGAGAAAGAGGAGGGAGGUUAGAGAAGUUGAAGACUCCAAGCAUUUUGUUAAGAUUUAAUGGGUUUUUGUUGUUUUCUUCCUUCAUUGUUAUUCCCACCUGAUCUAAGGUUCUCAGCGUUUUGUCACCUCUCUUGUAGGCCUCAAUCAAUCUAGAUUUUUCUUCUUUUAAGGUCCCUUUAUAGCGCCAUAUACAACCUCAUACUUAUGAGCUGCCACUUUCUCAUACUGUAAAUAUGGGAAUGCUUCACAGUUAGUGUCUUUUGAGUUUGUUGUCACCUCAUCGACUGGCGUUCAUUGCUUGCUUCUGGUUCUUAUCAUUCAUUUCUUUCUUCAUUUUGGCAAUGGAAUGGCUUGUGUUGUUUUGAAAUU